AUGGAACUAAUUGAGAGUGGGGAGGACCCUAGUGAGUCGGAGAAUUUAGCCUAUGAAAAAGUUAGCGAUUUCAAAUAUCUGGGAGCUACAUUAAGUACAAAGAAUGAUUGGUCAAAGGAAAUAAGUAUUCGGAUAAACAAAGCUCAGAGAACGUUCUAUGCACUGACAAAAUUUUUCACGUCCAAAAUGUUAUCAAGGAAGACGAAAGCAAGACUAUACGUAGCCAUUAUAAGACCGACGCUAACAUAUGGUUGCGAAGCUUGGACGACAACCAAACAAACAGAGAGAAAACUAAGGACUUUUGAACAUAGAAUAUGGAGGAAAAUAUGUGGACCUGUCUUUGACGAAACAACGGGGAAUUGGCGGAGGAGGUACAACAGAGAGUUGUACGAAUGUUGGAACUAA